AGGUAGAUGCGGUCCAAUGGGGGAUCGACUUCUCUUUCCCCGGGCAAUGGUGUUACAAGCCUCUGAUGUCAAAGCUUGUAGUGACGUCAGAGAACGCGUAACGUAAACGGGCAAGUGUGUUUACAGAAAAAUAGAACUUAAACCUGCUCGUGAACUUGAAUUUGAUCGUCGUCGCAAUGUAGCUUUGGCGCGCGGACAAUUGCGAGUCGAGCGGAUGGACGGGCGAUCGGCAACAAUGACGAUAUCACUGUCUCUCUAUCAAACGCAAUCGAUACUCGGAGGCCAUGAAACGCGAUAACGACGUAAUGAGACCUAAAUUUAAGCGUUUCAUCAAGCUGAUGCGCAUUAAAAUGCACGGCAGUGCCUUACACUCGCGAAAGAACAGUGGUUCGAGUUGUACAGGAGACUAACUGCAGACUAUCGGUACAUGGAUUUUUAACGCGUUCCGCUGCAUUCAUUUCUGAAAGUUCGAGAAGCCGCACGAAUGGAGCCAUGUAUUAUCCGACCGAUCAGAAUGGUUGAUAUUCGUGAGCGUAGGGACCUGAGAUUUUCGCAUCGGCGACUUUUAAGUGAUUAUUACGCGACCGCUGAUUCUCAUUGUGUCAAUUUUAACAUUUUGGAUAACAGUGGUGGCAAAAGAAGAAAGGGUGAAGGUAGAAAGAAGGGGUAAGUGGAAGGGGGAGAUGAAGUAUGGGCAGUGAAGAGGUCAAGGUAAUAGGUGGGAGGGGAAAUCAUAUUGUGAAAAUUGCUAGCGGUACCGGUGCCUUGCUGACCUUCAAAAGCUGUACAUUGUCAGCUCCUAACACAAUCUUGUUUUGGAGCUUGCAGGAAGUAGGUCAAGUUCGCACAUCACAAAUGCAUAUUGCAGUCAGAUGAACAGCUGUCAAGAGUGAAAAGUUUCAUCACUGACGCAGCUCAAGAGAAAUCUAAAGGCAAUUCAAUGCAGUACGUGAGUACGUGUAAACUACAACGAGAAGUACAGCGAAGGAGAGUACCAUUGUACACAUGGUGAGAUAAUGAUCAUAUAAGUAAGAUAAAGAGGAAAGUACGAGAGAAAGAAACUAAGAAGAAAUAAAAAGAAGAGUAGGAAACCGGAAAAUUAAGAAAAGAAAAUUGAGCAAAAUACCGGGAUUAAGAGGCUUACUAAGAGGCGCGUGUGGGUGCUUCCAAAAUAAUGACAAUGAAGAUAGGAAGUACUCCUCAAAUAAAGACAAACAAUCCUCAAUUGCAGAUGAUCUUAUCAAAGCAUCUCAAUAUAUGGCAGCGAAGACCCAGGAUGCUAUCCAAAAUAAGAAGAUGACGGAACCCGAAAAACUUGAUGAAUUUGAUGAAUCUGAUGAAUCAGAUGAAUCUGAUGAAUAUGAUGAAUCCGAUGAUUCUGAUGAUAGUUUAGAAAUCGUAGACCUGACAGUCCAAUCAACGUCGAUAAAUUAUCCGACAUCACAAUUCAACAAGUGGCACAGGGAAACUCAGGAUGUUAUUCAAUAUGAUAAUAGGAUGACUGAACUUAUCGAAUUCGAUAACAAUCUAGAAAAUGUAGACUUGGCAAUCCCAUCUACAUCAACAGCAAACUAUCCGCCAUUCAAGAAAUGGCACAGACAGACUCGAAAUGUCAUCCAAGGUGAAAAUAGGAUGACUGAGUUUUUUGAAUAUAAUAAUAGCUUAGGAAAUGUAAACCUAGCAAUUCCAUCUACGUCAACAACAAAUUAUCCGCCAUAUCAUUUCGAUAAAUGGAACAGAAAAACUCAAGAUGUUAUUCAAUAUGAAAAUAGGAUGACUGAGCUUGUUGACAUUGAUAACAACCAAAAAAUUGUAGAUUUAGCAGUACCAUCAACAUCAGUAGCAAGAUAUUCGCCAUUGCAAUCUAAGUUGCAAUACAGAGAAACACAGGCUUUUGUUCAAAAUGAAAAUAGGAUAUCUAAUCUGGUUGUCGACACUAGCCUAGAGAUUGUAGACAUGGAAACGUCAAGAGCAAGUUAUUCACAAUUCAAGAUGUUAGACAAAGAGGCUUACGAUGCUGUCCAAGACAAAAAUAAGUACGAUGAAAUCCUAGAGGUUGUACGUGUGACAAUUCCAUCCAUAUCAUUAACAGAACUUCGGUUGUUAAAACCUAGCAUUCUACAACAAAAGUUAAUUUUUGAGAUAGAGAACAUAGGACGUAUUAUGAAAGUUGUACAGACUCAAGUCAAUCGCUGGUUAGUUAUUAUAGAUGAAAAAAAAUUUCCAGAAAAAGAAUUUCUACAGGAAUACUUGGCUGGAGCGGAUAAAUUACACGAAUUGCAAUGUAAACAAAUAAAGCUUAAAAGCGUACAGGAAGAAAUACAAAAAAAGGAGGAUUUAAAAAGAUUAGCUAAAGAAACUUCAAAGACUCCAAAAAUAUUAUUGGUACACUUUCCAAACAAUCAACAUACCAUUGUACGGACAAAAAAAGGAUUAACAUUAAGGAAAGCAGUAGCCAAAGCUAUGGAACGUCGACAGUUAACUACAAAUGAUUGCGCAGCUUAUAUUACUUGUCGCAUUUCAUAUUUUAUUUCUUGGGACACAGAUAUUUCGACUUUGCAAUGUAAGGAGGUAUUUGUGGAAACAUUGGAGGAAUUUCCUGUUCCAAUUUCGGCUUAUCAUAAUUUUGUACGUAAUACUUUUUUGUUAAGUUACUGUUGUAUUUGUAAAAAGAGACUUUUUUAUGGAUUCCAUUGUACAACUUGCAAUAGAAAAAUUCAUAAAAAAUGUAGAGCUUAUGCACCUGCACUCUGUGAACGAGUAAAAAGAUGGAGAGCUUAUUAUCAAAGAUUAUUAGCUAAUAAUGCUGCCGGAACUUUACAAAUUCGUAGCGAAGGAAGAAGCACAUCUUCAACCUCUUCAACUCCUCAGCCAUCGAGAAAACAAAUGCAAAAAGACUCUACAUCCACAUCGAAUACUGCUAUAAACAGGAUUUCUGGAUUUUCACAAAUAUAUAAGAAAAUAGAAAAUUCAGUCUCUCAAGGAUUAUUUAAGAAGUGGAAGCAAAGACCAAAUAGUAGCUCGGCUGAACCAAUUGUUGGUCAUUUAGUUGCCUCGACAAAAAUGGAUGAAAAUAGUCGAAUAAAUUUAAAAGCGAAACAAACAAAACUUAAUAAUUCUGAUGACACUAUCAAUCAAUCAAUGCAGGACAUUGAAAGUAAUCAAACUGAUUCAGAAACAGAGUAUACAAGAUCUCAUGAUACUGUAAAACAAUCGUUAAAAUAUGAUGGAGAUGCUCAAAGUGAUUUAGAAACGAUGCAAGAAAAAUCGAAUGACUCUGUAAACCGAGACACAUUAAUUAAUUCUGCUGCAAAAAGACAUGACAAAAGACGUGAUAAGCGUGAUAAGAAACAUAAUAAAAAACGUGCAAGACAUACAUAUGAUACAGAUCGUGCAGAGUCUGAUGGUUCUGAAAAAAGUAUUUUUAGUAAAAAUGAUUCUAUUAAAGAUUGGAAAAUUUCACCAAAAGAAAUUUCAUUUGGAUCACGUAUUGGGCAAGGCGCGUUUGGAACUGUUUAUAAGGCUGAUUGGUACGGACCCAUUGCAGUUAAAACAUUAAAUGUUAAAAUUCCAACAGAAGAACAAAAAAAUACUUUCAAAAAUGAAGUAAAUGUUUUACGUAAAACCCGACAUAAAAACAUUUUGUUAUUUAUAGGUUGUAUCAGUAAACCUCAUUUUGCAAUUAUUACGCAAUGGUGCGAUGGUUCAUCUUUGUAUGAUCAUUUGCAUAUUAAGGAACACAAAUUCGAUCCACUAAUAAUAAUUUUUAUCUGCAAAGAGAUUUCCGAAGGUAUGGAAUACUUACAUUCCAAAGAUAUUUAUCAUAGGGAUUUAAAAAGUAAUAACAUAUACGUAGAGAUGAUUGGACAGACUCGUCAGCCAGCUGGUUCUGUGCUUUGGAUGGCACCUGAAGUCAUCAGAAUGCGUGAACCAUUUCCAUAUAGUUUUAAAUCUGACGUUUAUUCAUAUGGCAUAGUAAUGUAUGAAUUAUGUACUAGUAAAUUACCGUAUCGUGAUAAAGGUUACGGUAAAGAUCAGAUUAUGUUUAUGGUAGGAAAGGGUGACCUGCGUCCUGAUUUAACGAAAAUACGUCCUGAUAUUCCUAAUACACUCCAAAAACUUUUAAAAAGAUGUAUUGCUUUUGAGAGGGAAGAUCGACCAGAAUUUUUAGAAAUUUGGAAUAUACUGGCCAAACUUUAUCAGAAAACACCGAAAAUAAGAAAAACAACUUCUGUACCAAAUAUGACUGACAAAUUGCCCGAUACUUACAUUCAGAAAGAGAAUCAAUUUUUUAACUUUCCUGAACGAUUUGUCGAUAGAUUAGACAUAUGACAAAAAUUGAAGAAUGACCAUCCUGACUGGCCAGAUUUACAACAUAAGUGAACUGGUUAUUUCAACUAUAGAUAAUGUAUAUAACAAAGAACACAAGUACGGCUGAUUUAAAUGUAUAAAUCAUUCUCAUCUUUUUCAACAAUUGACUAACAAUUCGUCGACCAUUGGAGGAGAACGAAAAAUUUAUGGAUUUAAUAGUAUAAUUUAAAUCAUAUAACUAAAAUGGGACAACGUUUUUAUUCCCAAUUGUAUAAAUAAUAAUGUGCUUUUUCUAAUACGAUCAGUUGCUAGAGGAGAAAGAGGAGCAUGUAAAUAUAGUUCAAAA